CCAUAUAUACAAAGCAGUACCGACAGCAACAGCAAGACCAAGACAAGUCCAACUUGACCGGCAGCUUGGUCGCACCAUCCCAUCUCCACGAUGGUCCUCUCUCCCAAGUGGUAUCAGUUCCUGGUGGGCGUCUUCGCCUCGCUCGGGUCUCUGCUGUACGGCUACGACCUGGGUGUCAUUGCCCAGGUGAUUGCCUCGCAGUCCUUCAAGUCACGGUUCAGUCCCAGUGACAAUGAGGAAGCAGCGGUCGUGUCCGUCUUCACGGGCGGCGCCUUCUUUGGUGCCAUGGCGGCCGGCCCCAUGGGCGACAAGCUCGGCCGGCGCUGGACCAUCCUCUGCGGCGCCCUCGUCUUCUGCCUCGGCGGCGCCCUGCAGACGGGCGCCCAGGCGCUCUCGUACCUCUAUGCGGGCCGCUCCAUCGCCGGACUCGGCGUCGGCGUGCUCUGCAUGAUCGUUCCCAUGUACCAGGCCGAGCUCGCCCACCCCAGCAUCCGCGGCCGAAUCACGGCUCUGCAGCAGUUUAUGCUCGGCAUCGGCGCUCUGGCGGCCGCCUGGAUCUCGUACGGCACGUACGUCGGCUUCGCCCCCACCAACGACGGGCAGUGGCGGACCUCGCUGGGGAUCCAGGUGAUCCCCGCCGUCUUCCUGGCCGCGCUGAUCCUCCUGUUCCCCGAGUCGCCCCGGUGGCUCAUCGACCACGGCAGGUCGGAGGAGGGGCUCAGGACGCUGGCGCAGCUGCACUCGCACGGCGACGUGGACGACGCGUGGGUGCAGGCCGAGUACCAGCAGAUCCGCGAGUCGGUCGAGUUCGUGCGCGAGAACGAGGCCAAGUCGUACGCGGAGCUGUUCCGGGACCGGUCCUGCUUCCGGCGCCUGUUCCUGGCCUGCGCCAUCCAGGGGUCCGUCCAGAUGACGGGCGUCUCGGCCAUCCAGUACUACUCGGUCACCAUCUACGGCCUCAUGGGCAUCGAGGGCGACGACACGCUCAAGUACCAGGCCAUCUCGUCCAUCAUCGCCCUCGUCGCCCAGGCGCUCUGCAUCCUCCUUAUCGACCGGCUCGGCCGCCGCUGGACCCUGAUCGGCGGCAACCUGGGCAACUGCGUCACCUUCAUCAUCGCCACCGUCAUGCUGGCCCGCUACCCCCCCGGCACCAGCAGCAACAAGGCGGCCGCCUGGGGCUUCAUCGUCGUCACCUGGGUCUACAACUUCAGCUUCAGCGCCACCUGCGGGCCCCUCUCGUGGAUCAUCCCGGCCGAGAUCUUCGACACCAAGACGCGCUCCAAGGGCGUCUCCAUCGCCACCAUGACCUCCUUCGCCCUCAACACCAUGAUCGGCCAGGUGACGGGGCCGGCCAUGAAGACGGUCGGGUACCGCUUCUACCUCCUCUUCGUCGUCUGCAACUUCACAAACGCCCUCUUCUUCUGGGCCUUCCUGCCCGAGACCGCCAAGCGGCCCCUCGAGGAGAUGAACCGCCUCUUCACCGACGCGCCCCUCUUCGUCCCCACCAUGAACCGCUCCGACUGGGCCCUCAACGACCUCGAGCUCCGCGUCGAGGAGGUCAAGGCCAAGCAGGAGUCGGUCGCCGCCCACGCCGACCGACGUUAAUCUUCUUCUUUUUUUUUUUUUUUGUUGUUGUUGUUUGCUCUCUCUCACGGCUUGGCUGGCGUAGCGCCGUCGCGGUCCGGCGGUGGCUUCUGUCGGAGGGUCCAACCGUACUGCCGUCACGGCCCCAUCAUCAUCAUCAUCAUGGCUGCUGGGGUAAUACUUGGUCAACAACACCCCGGUCCCAAACCCGAGGACACCCAUGGCACCGGCGAUUGCUGCCGUUUUCCCAUUUUCACCCCGGGUACUAGACCCACCAGAAGAACGGCCGCCUGCCUGGCGCGACGAUCCGCUUGUUGGUGUUAUUGUUGUUGGUGGUGCUGGUGGUACUGUUAUUAUACAACGUCUAAACUG